UAAAAUGUAUGUAACCAUCCUUUGUGGUGUUAUAAUGCAUAUUUCUGUAAUAAGGACACAGGAUAGAGUUAAUCCACAGGAUAGAGUUAAUCCACAGGAUAGAGUUCAUCCAACCGAUUUUGGGUCCCUUGUGGUGAACUCAACUCUAAGACCUCUUGUCUUUCAACAAAUUGUAAAAGCCUCAGAUAUGGUUAACGGCACUGGCAGGUUCGAGUCCCCCCCAGCAGAAGAAGACAGCCUCUCGAAGCCCAAGGGAGAAGAUCCAGAGAUGAUCAAGAUUAUUUAUGACCUUACACAGGCCAUCAGAGAUAAGUACAAAGGAGAUCGUCUUGGAAUGGAGAAUUUGAUCAAAGAAAUGUACUCUCCAAAUAUAACAAACAUAACCCAAGAUGAAGAAGCAUCAGCCGCGCUGAAGUCAAUUGUGGACGGAAUUUAUGCAAACUUGCAAGAGAAUGUGAGUACUACUACUCUAUUUGACCCCAUAGCUUCCGAGACUACAGGCCCUUCACCAACAAAUACUACCAUAUCAUCCACUCCUCUUGCAAACCUCUCAAACAUAACAUUUGAUGCAAAUCCUACAAUAAUGACAACAACACCUGCAAAUCCUACAAUAAUGACAACAACACCUGUAAAUCCUACAAUAAUGACAACAACACCUGUAAAUCCUACAAUAAUGACAACAACACCUGUAAAUCCCAUGAUGGAAAGCAUAACUGAAAUACCUGACUCUGCAUCUGAAAUAACUGAUGCCAGAUCUGAAAUAGUAGAUACAACAACUGAAUUGGCAGAUACCACAACUGAAGUAACCAAUGCCAUAUCUGAAAUUACUGAUUCCGCAUCUGAAAUUACCGAUGCUGCAUCUGAAAUUACCAAUGCCGCAUCUGAAUUAAAUGAUGCUGCAUCUGAAAUAAACGAUGCCGCAGCUAAAUUAACCAAUGCUGCAGAUGAAAUAAAAAAUGCUGCAACUGAAAUAGCUGAUACUCCAGCUGAAAAAACCAAUGCCGCAUCUAAAUUAGCAAUAACCACCACUCCCCUUGUAAAUGAACCAGAAGCGACAAAUAACCCAAGGCUUGCCAUGGACUAUAAUGAAGUACUACCGAACCAAUCAUCCCCUAGUAUUCAGAAUAAUCUUCCAUCUUCGACUACGAGGAUUGUUACUAGUAAAAUUCCAAUUUAUCUGAACCUGAAGUCCACUAUCGUUUUUCAACCAGAGACAACAUCACCUUCUGUGGUUAAUUCUCCUAAAACUCAAGAAUUUAUUAAUCCACAGAUGUCUAUACCGGCUUCAAUUCAAUCUCAUGUAAAUGUUAUUCCAAUGUUGAUACAGGUUGAUCAGCAACAAACUAGUUUACCUCCAACCACCAACAUCAUGUCAGAACCUACAAUCAAUAUUUCAAUUCAAGCUGUAAAUGAACCAACACCUGAGAAGAGCCCCCACGAGAUUCUACCUGCCAAACAUCAAAAAGUUAAUUUACAUGUUGAAACUAUAAAAGAACCCCUACAGUCACCAUCUUGGAGUGAGACAGCCAAACACGGGAAAGAUUUUGAUUCGAAAGGAAUGCAGGAAUAUGAUCUACAUAAGUAUCUUCCCAGCAGGAAUCCUAUCUGGGCUAAACUUCAUAUCAAAAUUACAAAAUUUACCAAAUAAAGUUGAAAUACAAUUUACAAAGAAUGAAAAA